AUGGAAGACAGGCGCCAAACUAGGGGAAAACAAAAGAUUGAGAUAAAGAGGAUUGACAAAGAAGACGACCGCAUAACAACUUUCUCCAAGCGUAGAUCUGGGAUCUACAAGAAGGCCACUGAAAUAGCCACUCUCUGUGGGGCUGAGGUUGGUUUCGGAACCUUCUCUCCCUCGGGGAAACCCUUCUCUUUUGCUCAACCUUCUAUGGAUUCCAUAGAAAGCCGGCUCAACAACAUCAUUCAAGAUCAACCGCCACCACUUAUGUUCAACCUGAACGCCGGCGAUUCUGAUGACCACCCUUUCGUGCGGGCCCACCGGCAGGCGAAGCUGGAGGCGCUGAUCCAGCGCUACAAUGAGCUCGCAGGCAGCCUCGAGGCGGAGAAGGAGAAGCGCAAGGCCAUCGAGAAGUUAGUGGAGGAUAAGGCUGCGGCCGUGAGGGAUAAGGCGCCGAUGGGGACGGGCUGGUGGGAGACUCUGGUCGACGACCUCGGGUACGAGGAGCUUCUCAGGAUGAAUGAGUCCUUGGAAUAUCUGCACAAGAAGUUGUGCAACCACAUCAAUGGAGAGAAGGCUACUCCUGCCUUUGAUGCAAUGGCUUCUGCGCAAGGAAUAUCCAAUCUGUUUAUUACUGAAGAUCCUAAUGCUCUUCGCAAUAGGAACUCUGGGAAAAACCCUAACUAG